CGGAGGGAGAGCAGUGCGGUGGCAGCUCGGCAGAAAACCCAAACAAACUACCGAAAGACAACCACUAGCUGAUCGCUCCUGCACAGCUUCUACCCCUUCUACUCGGAGCUUCGCCCGGAGAAGCGACUUCUGCAACCCCGGAGGCUUAAACUAACUUAGCGUUGGUUCGGUAAAGUCAGAAAUAGGAGACAGUUUCUCAGACCGGGAGAAUGGCAGACUCGGCGGCGGCCAACAGCGACGGGGAGGACGGAGGUCGCGAGGAGCCCAUGCGGGGCUUCGCGCGCCAAGGAGCCCUCCGCCAGAAGAACGUGCACGAAGUGAAGGACCACAAAUUCAUCGCGCGCUUCUUUAAGCAGCCCACCUUCUGCAGCCACUGCACCGACUUCAUCUGGGGUUUUGGCAAGCAGGGAUUCCAGUGUCAAGUGUGUUGUUUCGUGGUUCACAAGCGCUGCCAUGAGUUCGUCACUUUCUCCUGUCCAGGUGCCGAUAAAGGACCCGCAUCAGAUGACCCGAGGGCAAAGCAUAAGUUUAAGAUCCAUACCUACUCCAGCCCGACUUUCUGCGAUCACUGUGGCUCUCUGCUCUACGGCCUUCUACACCAGGGCAUGAGAUGUGACCACUGUAUGAUGAACAUCCAUAAGCGAUGUGUGGCGAAUGUGCCGAGCCUGUGUGGGACAGACCACACUGAGAGGAGAGGUCGCCUCCAGAUCACAGCGGAGGUCAAGACCAACGUACUCACUGUCACCAUCAAAGAGGGCAGGAAUCUGGUUCCUAUGGACCCCAACGGGCUGUCAGACCCCUACGUGAAGCUUAAACUGAUCCCAGACCCCCGCAGCGAGAGUAAACAGAAGACCAAGACCAUAAAGUGCUGCCUGAACCCCACCUGGAAUGAGACCUUUAAAUUCCACCUGAAGGAGUACGAUAAGGACCGCCGUCUGUCGGUGGAGAUCUGGGACUGGGACCUGACCAGCCGCAACGACUUCAUGGGAUCACUGUCAUUCGGCAUCUCGGAGCUCCAGAAACAAGGAGUGGAUGGAUGGUUUAAGCUGCUCUCCCAGGAAGAAGGCGAGUACUUCAAUGUUCCCGUCGCUCCAGAAGGGGAGGAGGGCAACGAGGAGCUACGGCAGAAAUUUGAGAGAGCUAAGAUUGGACCAGGCAAGAACACAGAAGGCAAGGCGGCAAACGCUGCGGCCCGCUUCGACUCCAACGGCAACCAAGAUCGCAUGAAGCUGGCCGACUUCAACUUCCUGAUGGUGCUGGGCAAGGGCAGCUUCGGCAAGGUGAUGCUGGCAGAGCGUAAAACGACGGAGGAGCUGUACGCCAUAAAGAUCCUGAAGAAGGACGUAGUGAUCCAGGACGAUGACGUUGAAUGCACCAUGGUGGAGAAGAGAGUGUUAGCGCUGGCUGGAAAACCUCCGUUCCUAACACAGCUGCACUCCACCUUCCAGAGCAUGGACCGUCUGUAUUUUGUCAUGGAAUAUAUAAACGGAGGAGAUCUGAUGUAUCAGAUCCAGCAGGUCGGCAAGUUCAAAGAGCCCCACGCUGUAUUCUACGCUGCGGAGAUAGCCAUUGGUUUGUUUUUCCUGCAUCUAAAGGGCAUCAUCUACAGAGACUUGAAGCUGGACAAUGUGAUGCUGGACUGCGAGGGUCACAUUAAGAUCGCAGAUUUUGGCAUGUGUAAAGAAAAUAUGAACGACGGAGUCACUACCAAGACCUUCUGUGGAACACCGGACUACAUAGCUCCUGAGAUCAUAGCCUAUCAACCGUAUGGAAAGUCUGUGGACUGGUGGGCCUUUGGAGUUCUGCUCUAUGAGAUGCUAGCUGGACAGCCUCCAUUUGACGGUGAAGAUGAGGAUGAGUUAUUUCAGUCCAUUAUGGAGCAUCACGUCUCCUAUCCCAAGUCAAUGUCCAAAGAGGCUGUCGCUAUCUGUAAAGGGCUGAUGACGAAGCAUCCAGCGAAGCGACUGGGCUGUGCACCGGAGGGCGAGAGGGACAUCCGGGAGCACAGCUUCUUCCGCUACAUGGACUGGGAGAAACUGGAGAACAAGGAAGUUCAGCCGCCCUUCAAACCUAGAGCUUGUGGCCGGGAUGCCGAGAACUUUGAUCGCUUUUUCACGCGCCACCCGCCGGUGCUGACCCCUCCCGAUGAGGAAGUGAUUCAGAACCUGGACCAGGACGAGUUCCAGGGAUUCUCCUUUAUCAACCCGGAGUUCCCCGGAGCUGACGCUGCCACACCUGCCGCCGAGCAGGCUUGACUUCAUCUCAUGCACACAUGGACACAUGCACGCACACACAUAUAUACAUCAUUAUUCUCCCCUACAUAUCAACUUAAAAAUCCUGGAAAUGAUGUGUGCUGUUAAAGGAAGAAGCCAUGACUUAAACAUACACACAAUAACAUUUUUACACACACGUUUUUCGCACGGCUGCAACCUUUAUGCAUUGUCACUCUAGUGCAGCGCCAAAACUAUCAUUAAAACUGAGAAAUUGAGAUGUUAGAUUAGACCAAUUCUGUAUUUUUCCAUGCUUUGACAUGGUCAAAAUGUAAUCUUUUUGAUAAAUAUGAGCCGUUGACUCUCUCAAAGCUUCAUUUUUGAGACACCUUACUCAGCCCAAGCCUGUUGAUCAACUUGUGGCUCACAGUGUGAACGAAGGACAAUAGUUUACCAGGAUCAGAAUAAGGAUUAGAAAAUGAAUGGUGCCCCUAAAAUGUCCCUGAAAUCAAAAUGUUUCUGCGUUGUCAUAACUGCAGGUAAUUUAAACCUUAUACACAGUAGUCAUGAUAUGCGCAAAACACACACACACACACACACACACGCACACACACGUAACAUAGCUUCAGCAUUUCAUUUUAGAACUUUCUUUUGGUGGAAAUUGUGAUUUAACAUUUAUUUUGUUCAUUCCAGUGCAAUCAGAGUUGGACCUGUACUUCUGAUGUGCUUAUUAUUCAAUGUGUAAUAAUAACGGCGUAUGUACAUUUAUCUUUAUCUUAGCUAAAACUGGAAUGCUUCACAUACUUGUGCAUGAGUUUCUAUAUCAAUAACAGCCCUGGACUUAGUCUCCCAGCAGCAUUUUAACAUCGUAUCUCUGCACCACUCUGCUGCCGUGUGUGGCUGUUUUUCAGGGAUUUCAAAAAACGUAUUCAAGAUAAUUGGUGUAUGAUUUUACCCAAUAUGGAAGAUUUAUGCCAAAAAAGACCACAUACAUCGGAUUUUCUUUGUGUCCUCUUUGUUGUUGCAGCACUGAGAUCAUGUUGGUGAAAUGCUGCUGGGAAAUGUAGUCCUAUAGGCUUUGGGUCCGUUGAAUAGAUAGAUAAUACUACUUUGUAUACUCUUCUUUUCUGUUUACUAGUAUAUAAGCAACGAAAGAGACUAGCAGAUAGAUUCUUUGUGUUUUACAAAAGCAUGAUACAGAUACCCGGGUGUUUGUUUACAGCAUACGUAUGUGUGUGUGUGUGCACAGGAAUGUUUUAUAUGUGUGUGAACGGGAAAUGAAAACGCACGUUAGCAUUAGCAUUUUUGUACGUGUGUCGAUGCAUGCCUUGCCUGGCCUUGCGUUUACGUUUCUAUUUAUAGUGAAUAUCCACUUGACUUCCAACCAGUGGCUCCACAAGUGGCAGAAGGGAACAAGCACCGUCAGUUACGUCCAGUCUUGCAAAUUACACCUUCAUAAUUCGUGGAAAGCAGCACCUCUGUACUAGGGAUGUUUUUUGAUGGCCUGGAAAUGUAAUUAAAGCCAGAUUCUGCUUUUGAAAUGCAGGUUAAGUACCUCCAAUCUCCAAAAGUUCCUAGGCCUGGCGAGGGUGUAUGCGUCUGAAUAAAGGCCACUAGCUAGAUAUCAAACAGCGGACCUACAAUCAUGCAGCUUGACUUCUGAUCUAGUUUUUUGGAUGGGAUAAGGCCUCACUGUGAUUGGUGUUUUUCAAGUAGCCCUCUGCAUGCAAAGUAUCCAUCCGAACUACAGCAGCAGCAAAUGAGGAACAGGUUAAAGCUAGGCCUUCUGAAGCAGGCAAGUGUGUGUGUGUGUGUGUGUGUGUGUUUUGUUUCCCCUAGCUAGCAAUAAUCUUGUUGACAGGAAGGCCAAAUUGGUAAUGAACCAAUCUUCAGAAGGCUCAGGUUAGGACUGUAAUUAAUUCACAUGCAAAAGGCUGUGAGGUUAUGAGGCUUAUUGGUGGGUUUAUUUAUGUGGCCGGAGAGAAAGGCAGCUGUAGACUUUUCAGUGCAGCUAACAUAGUGUGGACGUGGCUGAAGUGCUUCCUCAUAUCACACUCCUCAGGACAUCAGGUGAGUUUUCUCUGCAGGUUCACUGGUGGUUAUCAGUACAACUGGCAUGACAUGUUACAGUAUCUGCAGGCGAAGAACGGUUACGCUGCAGUAUCAUGCAGUUAAUUCACUUGGGAAAAAAACGGUUCUCUGUCAUGCUAACAGGCGUGGGAGUCUCUUAGAUUUCCACAUGUAGAAAAAUAUCAUGCAACAUUGUUAAAAUAAUUUCAAAAAACAGGCACUGGAAAUAUGUGGGCCAGAUGAUAAAGGGUCAGCAGAACGCUAAGAGAGCUACGGAUUGGUUCCUGAUGGGAAUGCCACUGCAUUUUUGUGACAUUGAGACCUGUUUUGUGAAGUUAGAUUGGUUUAAUUGGUGCUGGAAAGUCACUGAUUUAGUUACUCACAUCUGGAUAAAGUCUGGGUCUGUUUUCUUAGUCCUAAACAUUUAACUGCUGAUGAGUUCAGCACAGAAGAGCAGCUUUAGCAUUUUCAAAGUGUCGUCCCGAUAAGAGUCUGAAAGUGAAUGUGUUUUUAUGACUUCCAUUAUCUGCAUUUUACCUUCAUUGGUAUUUAUACAGUCAGUGUCUCCUGUAUUAUAACAACACAUACCUAUAUAUAUAUAUAUAUAUAGUUAUACAUAAGCAUAUAAAACUGUGUCAAAUGUUGAUAUCUACACCAUGUGGUCAGUAUUGUAAAAGAAGACAGGAGAAGUUUUCUCUUUUUGUUUCUACGACUCUUUACUGAGAAGCAAAAUGGACUCUGCAUGAAGAUUGCUUUUGUUUGUUUAUUAGUUAGGAUUUAUAUACAUUUAACAUAUUAGGGUGAUUCAUGUUUUCUGUGUGUGCAUUGCUUCAAAGUGGGAUCAAAGCUGCUGUUGUGUGUGCUUUAUGGGAAAGUAAUACACCUCAAGAAAAAAAAAGAAAGAAUAAUGAUUCUCAAAAUGCUUUCCAUGUGCCAAAAUUAUUUUGUUUGUUUGUUUGUUUACCAACAAAGACAGGCAUACACAAAAUAAAGGAUUUAAAAGUUG